UAUAUGGCACUGUCGUUCAAGUCAGCAUAUUAUUGGAUCAGAUAACAGAAUGAAGACCUUAUUGUUAUUUUUCAUCUUGCUUUGGUUCUCCGUCUACGCGAGGGAGAGCUGCACAUACGACGGGAAGAAAUAUCGUGACGGGAAAACGUUCCCCGCCGUGGACGGGUUUGACACGUGUAAAUGUCUUCAUGGAACUGUAGUCUGUACGGAAAGUGUCUCACAAAGGGAUGUCAACGACAGCAGGAAAAAGACUUGCACAUACGACGGGAAGAAAUAUCGUGACGGGAAAACGUUCCCCGCCGUGGACGGGGUUGACACGUGUAAAUGUCUUCACGGAACUGUAGUCUGUACGGAAAGUGUCUCUGAAAGGGAUGUCAACGACAGCAAGAAAAAGAGCUGCACAUACGACGGGAAGAAAUAUCGUGACGGGAAAACGUUCCCCGCCGUGGACGGGUUUGACACGUGUAAAUGUCUUCACGGAACUGUAGUCUGUACGGAAAGUGUCUCUGAAAGGGACAUCAACGACAGCAGGAAAAAGAGCUGCACAUACGACGGGAAGAAAUAUCGUGACGGGAAAACGUUCCCCGCCGUGGACGGGUUUGACACGCGUAAAUGUCUUCACGGAACUGUAGUCUGUACGGAAAGUGUCUCCGAAAGGGACAUCAACGACAGCAGGAAAAAGACUUGCACAUACGACGGGAAGAAAUAUCGUGACGGGAAAACGUUCCCCGCCGUGGACGGGUUUGACACGUGUAAAUGUCUUCACGGAACUGUAGUCUGUACGGAAAGUGUCUCCGAAAGGGACAUCAACGACAGCAGGAAAAAGACUUGCACAUACGACGGGAAGAAAUAUCGUGACGGGAAAACGUUCCCCGCCGUGGACGGGUUUGACACGUGUAAAUGUCUUCACGGAACUGUAGUCUGUACGGAAAGUGUCUCCGAAAGGGACAUCAACGACAGCAGGAAAAAGACUUGCACAUACGACGGGAAGAAAUAUCGUGACGGGAAAACGUUCCCCGCCGUGGACGGGUUUGACACGUGUAAAUGUCUUCAUGGAACUGUAGUCUGUACGGAAAGUGUCUCUGAAAGGGACAUCAACGACAGCAGGAAAAAGACUUGCACAUACGACGGGAAGAAAUAUCGUGACGGGAAAACGUUCCCCGCCGUGGACGGGUUUGACACGUGUAAAUGUCUUCACGGAACUGUAGUCUGUACGGAAGGUACUGACAGAAAAUUAAGAGCUACAGUAACGUGUCUGUACGACGGUGUCGAGUAUAAUUCCGGCGACAAAUUCAAUUCGACAGACGGUUGUAACACUUGUUUCUGUAACAGCGGGAUGACAGCGUGUACUUAUAUGAUGUGUGAUAAUGGGGUUAGUCAAAUCAACACAUGUAUGUACAAUGGUACCGUCCGCAGGGUCGGGGACCACUUCCCCUCCCUGGACAAGUGUAACACUUGUGAGUGUUCCAGGGGCGGCAUGGUCUCAUGCACCGAAAUGCUUUGUCUAGGGCCUGUGGAACCGCCGAAACCUACAUGCACGUACUACGGUAACAUAUUCAUGGACGGACAUAGCUUUACCGCCGUUGACGGCUGCAAUAUGUGUUCGUGCAGUGUAGGGAAAGUCUCGUGCAGCAAAGAGGUGUGCGUAGGAAACGUGCCUAAUGGCAACGGAGCGGCCUGUAUUAACGAUGGCGCCUAUUACUCGAGUGGCCAAUCAUUUGCAUCAAGCGACGGAUGUAACAGUUGCGUCUGUUUCAACAGUCACGUAAUAUGCACAGAGAAAGCGUGUGCAGCCGGCUACACGACACCAGAUCCAAGUCACUGUCAGGUGAACGGUGUGUCGUACAAACCGGGAGACACGUGGGCCGCGGCGGACGGUUGUAACCAUUGUUUCUGUUCAAAUGGAGGCUAUGCAGGGUGCACUGAAAUGUUCUGUCUCGUCGGACGUGAUUUGCCCACAACCCAGCCACGCACGACAACCUUUGACCUCCUUAGUGGUGGUCAGACAGGAGGGUGCCACUACAACGGAAAGGUUUACUGGGCGGGUGCCAGCUGGAAAACCGCGGAUGGUUGUAACUCGUGCUUUUGUUCGGCACAUGGUGGAGCGCUCUGUACCGACGCAGUGUGUGACGUCAAAACUACCGACCAACGGGAUGUGACCGAAUGUACGUACAACGGAAGGAAGUACAACGUCCACGACAUGUUCCCGGAUGUGGAUGGCUGUAACUCGUGCUGGUGUUCUAACCUUGGCGAUGCCCUGUGUACGAAACUAUGGCACUGCACGUUCCACACUCUACCGGGUGAGGGUGGAAACUAACGAGUUACCGAUUUUACAUUUGUAAGAAUUUAGAAAAUAAAGCAUUAAAACGU